GCGGCAGUAACGCGCCUCUUCGCCGCUAAUCCUGCGUCAGACGCGAGCAGAAGAAGGAAGUGACAUUUUCAAGUGUCCUUGCGUUGGUGCGGCUUCCUGAACGUUGUGGACCGAAGGAAAAAUUAUCACCAUGUUCCGGCACUUACGGACCCUGCAGCAGAUCUCCAGGCGGACCCUGUCCAGCUCUGCACCCAGACAGCUGGAGAAUAAAGUCCCUCACAAGCAGAAGCUGUUUCAGAACGACAACGGCUUGCCGGUUCACUUGAAGGGAGGCACUCCAGAUGCCGUCUUGUAUGUGAUAACGAUGGCUCUUACUGUCUUUGGCUGUGGUUACGUGGUGUAUGCACUGGUCGAUGCAGCGCUGCCCAAGAAGAAGGAUUGAACACGUCCCUCUGUUCAUGUCUCUGAGUUUUAAAGAUCUCUAAUCCUCAGAAUUAUGUCCUGUCGGUUAUUUUCAUUACAUCAGAUUAAUAUUUAUUGAUUGUACUGUAAAGCGCAAUCAUUAUGUAAUAAAACGUUCCACUGGCA